UGGACAAUGGCGUGCCGCGUGGAGAUGAAGGCGCAAUCACCGCUAUCGCCCGUACCGCAUCGUCGCAACAGCUUUCGCGACGAAAAGAUCGUAAGACAGCACUCUACUCCGUAAUGGACAUCACCUCGGAGUCACCCUGAGUCUGCUCCAUUGAAUACUCGGAUACGCCACGCCUGCACCAGUGCCUCGCUUCGAGCUGCACCACUCAAACAACGCAUGGCUUGCCCCGCAAUGACCUCGGGAUGAGCGUCUCCCCUUGAAGUCCCGAAUAGUCUGGAAAUGCAGCGUCACGCUACUGGUUGAAUUUCGGCUCAACUGACACUGUCGCCGUCGAACUUUCCCUCAUCCUGUUCCUGCUUCAUCUUGUCAUGCUUUCAGCCAGAAUCGCUUGCGCUACACCGGUGACUCGACAACGCGAAAAUGUCCUCCAGAACAAGCAUAACCAAGAGAGCAUGCGACGGGUGUAAGAUUCGAAAGAUCCGCUGUGGUGGCGGCCAACCGUGCCGGUCGUGCUUCAAUGCACGCAUCAAAUGCACCUACAUUCGAGUUCAACAGCCUCGUGGUCCCCAGAAGCUGCGGGCGACAACCAAGUACCUCAUAGACCAAGCGCAGCGGGGAGUUGAAAUACAUACUUCUUUACCCUCGGCUCCGCUGAGCGGGGAGGUCCUGGAAAAUGACCACACGCCGACACCAGUGCCUCAGAAAUGCGGCGAGAAAUCAGAAAGAUCUCGGAUACCCACAAACGUCCUUGCUUCUCCGCUGUAUAUCUACCACGUGCGAAUGUAUCCCGUCUGGCCCAUCGUCGACGUCGAAAGUGUCAUGUCAAUCUUGCAACAGGAUACCGAAGUGAAGGACCACGAAACCUACGCACUGGCAACUGCCGUGGCAGCGGCAACGAUCGCUCAGUUAAGGCUAGGGCAGAAUUCCCUUCCCGACAAGUCGAUAACUGCCGAAACCUUUGCAACGGAGUGCAUGAGGGCCCGCAGGUCCUGCGAUUAUCGAUCAAGACUCAAUUUGAACAAUGUGCGGACGGCCUUUUUCCUGCAUGUUUAUUACGAAAAUCAGCAGUCAGGCGCAAGCGAAUCACUCUUGUACCUCAGGGAGGCCAUCACACUGGCUCAGAUGAUGUAUCUACAUCGAGAAGCCUCAUACAGUGGACUUUCUCCGGAGGAGCAACAAAUGCGCCGUCGGGUGCUAUGGCUAUUGUUCGUGACAGAACGUGGUGUCUGCAUCCUCCACAAACUUCCGGUUGUCUUGAGGACCGAUAUCUCAACUCCAGAUCUUGAUGCGAAUGAUGAGCCCCAGGUUCUCCCCGCGUUCCUGAAACUUCUCAAUCUCUUUCGUCUGUUCGAACAAUCAAAAAUGUUCGAUAUCAUCGAGGAUGACCAUGGUGGAAUGGACACAAUCUCCAAUGAAGUCCAUAACCUGGACAAACGGUUUCUGGGGCUAUUGCAGGAUAAUCUGCAAGACGGAUCAGCCCUGCUGGACCACAUCUCGGACGUACAGAAAGCAGACCUGUGCGUCACUAGACACUGGAUGCGCAUGAUUCUGUGGAAAGUCUCGUCCAAGAAAAGGCCUCAGGGCUCGUCUUCUUACUGGCCGACAUCUCCGUCCUUUCCGAUAUUAGUCGCAAAAGAGCUACUGAACAUAGUCUCUCAGCUACCGAGAGCGGCUAUUGAAGCCCACGGGCUCGGUAUGGAGCUGAAACUCUACGAGAUUGCCAGCUCACUCGCCGAUGCCGUAAUAGAUCUUGCAAUGUUGCCCCGUGCCCCGGCCUGGGACAAUGAAAGCCGCCCCAGCAAUAUCCUAGCCCGACUGCACUCGAUUCUCUCCACCUUCAGAGGUGGGGGCAACAAGGAGCUAGCGGAACUACUGUAUAAGAAAAUGGCAGACGCCCAAGCUCGAAGUGGCCCUGCGCUAUCGCCGCCAAUAAGAGACCCGCAUAUCCCAGUCAAGAGUAAAAUGCUACCUGGAACGAUCGAUUCUGUUCCAGGUGGAGAAGGGCUAGCCCAUAAAGGGUCCACUGCUGCAGUGGAAGCUGCAAGUCCCAUGCCUGACGACAUCGAUACGAUCGGCAAUUGGUCGUCCCAGCAUUCUGGCAUGCAGCCUAUGGGUCAGCAACCCCAAGAUCGUAUCAGUCUGGAGCAGGCGAGCGGGUACAACGAUCUCCAGUCACUCGAAGAUAUGCUUUCCCCCACAUUUCCAGGGACAACACUUCCGCAGCCUGACUAUUCUCAAUUUGCACAUAACCCUUGUCUCAGCACCCUGCCAUACCCCGCCUUCGAUGAUAUGAGAAGCACGCCUUUGAGUUUCUCCUCCCCGUCGCCUUCUCUACCCUCUGGAUCAGUCGAGAUGUUGAUCAGUGAUUUCAUCGCCCAGAUCCCUGAGGGUCAGUUUCCGCCCGAUCACUACUUCUCGGGCAAUGACUUCCUUGAUCCAGCCUUGUCCGGGGAAGGCUUCCUGGCCUGACGUUCUGAAUGCCCUAACGAAAACCCGCACCUAAUUUAUGAACACACUCCUACUUCAUAUAUACCCUAUGAUCAGCAUAUCUUGAAAUAAAUGCAUUAUAUUAUGUAGCUAUGAAACCCAAUACCAGACUCAAAUUACCAU